CGCCCACGCCGCCGUGUGAAUGGCUCUAGAGGCGGAGUCCGUGACCGUACACUGUCCGGGGACGUGGUCUCGCUGCCACUGACUGAUCCGCUGCUGCCGGUUGCUUUGGCGACAGACCCGGCGGCGGGGGGCGGAUUUGCAUCUGAUAUUAUUUAAGCAAUGCAUUGAUCUGGAACAAGCCAUUCGUGCAGGGGCAGCGGCGAGCCCUGGACACUGGCUGGAUCUGAGUAAGGAGCCACAUGACAUAAAAACACUGGUGUAAAUAACACUGAUCUGUAAACAGAGAGCGGCUCCCACAGACUGCUCAUCAUCCCUCCCCAUCCUCCCUCCCUGCCUGCCUGCCGCUCUGAGGGAUGGAUGCAGAGACGCCAGAGCCCGGCCAGAUGGGGGUCGAGGCUGGACAGAUAUUGGAGUGCGUUGAGGAGGAGAGGAGAGUGCGAGUGUUGGAUGUGCCCGAGUCCGGGGACAGCUCGCAACCGCCGGGGGACUCGCCAGCCGACCCCCCGCCCCAGGACUACCAAGUGGCGGACGGGGGCUUCGGCUGGGUGGUGGUGUUCGCCGUCACCUGGUGCAAUGGGUCCAUCUUCGGCAUCCAGAACUCCUUUGGCAUCCUCUUCCUCAUGCUGCUGAGAGAGAUGGAGGACCAGCACGACCCGAGCCUUCGCUUUAAGACGGCCUGGGUUGGUUCUCUCUCGAUGGGGAUGAUAUUCUUCUGGUCUCCUGUCGUCAGCAUUUUCACUGACUGGCUUGGCUGCAGGAAGACUGCCAUGUGUGGUGCAACACUGGCUUUUAUUGGACUUCUUUCCAGCUCCUUUACAAAGUCGUUGGAGAUGAGGUGUUUCACCUAUGGAGUUCUCUUUGGAUGUGGAUCAUCUUUUGCUUUCCAGCCAUCGUUAGUCAUCCUCGGUCAUUACUUCCGACGCCAUUUGGGCCUGGCCAAUGGAGUGAUGACGGCAGGGAGCAGCGUCUUCUCCAUUACCAUGCCUCUCCUUUUGAAGAAGAUUGGUGAUACCUUGGGUCUGGCUCACACCCUGCAGAUUCUCAGUGUCUUCUUCUUCAUUCAGAUAUUUCUCACCUUCACCUAUAUACCCGUGAUCCCUUUGAAGACUAACUCAACAAAUUGCUUGACGUGCUUGCAUCAGUACAGGAGGUACCUUAAUUUGAGAGUCUUCAGGAAAGUAACAUACAGAGUUUGGGCCUUUGGAAUUGCCACUGCUGUUCUCGGCUACUUUGUGCCAUACGUUCACUUGAUGAAUCAUGUCAAAAAGGAAUUUAGAGAAACCGAGAAAAAUUGGAUAUUACUUGUCUGCAUUGGAGCUUCAUCAGGAGCUGGACGUCUGAUCUUUGGAAAAAUUGGUGAUUCCAUCCCUGGGCCCAAGAAGAUCUAUCUGCAGGUGGCGGCAUUCUGGGUGAUGGGAUUUAUGUCCAUCAUGAUACCGCUCUGCAAAAUAUUCGAAGGCCUCAUUGUGGUCUGUAUUUUCCUGGGACUUUGCGACGGAUGUUUCAUAACCAUUAUGGCGCCCAUUGCCUUUGAAUUGGUUGAGCCUCAAGAGGCUUCCCAGGCUAUCGGCUUCCUGCUGGGACUUAUGGCCAUUCCUAUGUCUGCAGGACCACCCAUUGCAGGAUUUAUUGACGAUUCCUUGGGCAACUAUCACUUGGCCUUCUACCUGGCUGGAAUUCCACCCAUCAUUGGUGGAUGUGUUCUAUUCUGUGUGCCGAUAAUUCAUCGUCGAAUGCUGAAAAGGCAAACGAAAGAAGAGUCCACCACGGACAACAUGCUGUUGGCGUCUGAAAAUGUAUUAACUGGGGACAUCCUUCCUGGAAACCCCAACCCAGAAGCCUGUGUGUAAUCAGUCAACCCAGGUCCACACGACAUUCCAGAAAGUGGGUCAUUCCCAACAGACACUGUGAUGUUUCUUGUUGGUUUAUUCACAUAGUUUACAAUAAUAGCUCUUCCACACUCUUUCUAAACACUCAAUGAAGGAAUCAGUGAAAAAAAUUAAAAAAAAUACUCAGCAGAAAGUUCUUAGAUAACGAAGCAGAUUUGAAAAGUCUGUGGCUGUGUUUUGAGUAUAGUGUUGGAUUUAAUCGCAGUCUGGCUAUGCUGACAGAUUUUCAUUAUUGUAAUUUAUUAGAACUAAUCAUUGUUCUGGUCGUGGUGCACUGUGUGGAACGGAAAGCUUGGAAAGGAUGCAGCAUAGGAGGAGGCCAUUCGGUCCAUCAUGUCAGUGAUGGGUCUGUCACAGGUAUAAUCCAGACAGUGCCUUUGGGGCUGCUUGUCUCAUGUCCCAGUUUUGUAUCCAUUGAGGCUCAGAUUCUGAUUGUGCGCAAGCAGUAAUAGGUCACAAGGCCAUGUGAUAGGAGCAGAAUUAGAUCAUUCGGCCCAUCAAGUCAACUCUGCCAUUCAAUCAUGGCUGAUCUAUCUCUCCCUCCUAACCCCAUUCUCCUACCUUUUCCUCAUAACCCCUGACACCAGCACAUCAAUAGAAUAAGCAUUGAGCUGCAUGUAUGUAGACCACUGUGUACCUCUUAGCCUCAAUGUCACAGUGGUGGUGUAGAAUGAAGUAAUUGUAUUCACAUAUUUUCUCAUGACAUAGGAGGCCAUUCUGCUCAUCAAGUCUAAGCCAGGCUGGAUUGAUCCAGUUUCCCCACUUAUUUUCCUGUCAAUCUCUCUCACUUGGCCAUCGACCGGGAGAUCGCAAGAGAAUGGGAGUGGGAGCUAGGCAUGACCAAUGACAGGCAACGAGACCAGCAGGUACCCGAGGGAUUGGGAGAUGGAAUGCCGGCAAGGCUUACAGAACCAUAAAACGGGAAGUGGCCAUUUUGGGUGUAGCCGUCUUGGAGGUGGAAGCACUGCGGCUGAGGUCAAAGUGCAGAGGCCUUGACCAGGAAGGCAUCGGUGGGAAGGCUGGGCUGCACGAUGGUAAAGUGGAUCAUUUUUAUUUACGUCAAUAGUUCGGAGAAUAGUUAGGCUGACUCAGCCUCAAACUCAUUUGUAGAAAAUUCAAUAGCCAAGUCCAGCGGGAAGAGAAAGCAGAGACAAAAAGGGAAGCCUGAAGGAGCUGGUGGACUGCAUUGCAUUUACUUUAAUGCAAGGAGCUGAGAGCGUGGAUCUGCAAAUGGGGUUGGAUAUUGUUGCGAUGAUGGAAACAUGGUUGAUGAAAGGGCAGUAGUGGCAGCUCAGUAUCCCAGGG